GUCUUUCCAAUCCGUUCCAGAUUCUAUGAUUUCGCGAAUCAAACUCGCGUAUUCACAGACCGCGUGUUUCGGCAUUCUAUUUUAUCAUUCUUACCUCGCGAGUUUGAAUCAUGUAAGUAACUAUUGCGUUGAAUAAGUUGUGUCGUAUUAUUAUAUUUUAAAUUGAUUGUUGGUGCGUUCAUAGUAGGACUUGAUUACUGGGACACCCAAUGUUUAUAGGUUUUUCUUCUUUUAUUAAAUUACACGUGUGUAUAAUGGAUUGAUAUAUUUAGGAUAAGUUUUAGUUUAGCGAUUUUAUGUUAAUCAUUUGAUAACUUUCAUUAGAUUUAUCAUAUAAUUUGUUCGUCGAUUUUUUGUUUCAAUUAUUUUAAAUAUAACUUGAAACUUGAUUAUUUAUUAGUUAGCAUUAAAUGCACAUUUAUGUUACACACCGAGUUGUACCCAGAGUAAUAUGUUCAUAUAUAUCAUAUAUAUAUAUAUAUAUAUAUGUUAUAUAUGAACAUGUUCAUAUAUAUAUAUACGCAUAAUAAUCAAACAAGCAGUUUGAUUUGAUAAGGUAAAAAAUAUAAGUAUUUUUACAGUCUUAGUUCAAUUCAACUUUGUUAUAGUGAUAUAAGCAUAUUGCAGGUUUACUUCAGGAUCUCUCAUUAUGCAAUGAUCCAUUAGUUACAAAAAUACUAAAAGUUGAAAUAGGAAUUUUUUAAUUCAUUUAAUCAGUUGAUAAUAAAUGAGGUCUGUCCUAUCUACUUCAACCAAUUCAAGUAUUUUGAUUGUAUUUUGUUUGACUUUUUCAUCUGCAAAGGGUGGCAUCCAAUUGUGUCAGCCAUGGCAAAGCCAGUUUGAUUUUCCUUCGAUAAUUUGCAUCUUUUGCUAUUGGGUUGUGCUCAAGGUAAAUAGUGGCUAGUUUUUUGUUGGAAGUCAAGAUAUCAAUUGUGCUCCAAUCUUCAAUCUCAUUGUUGUUGAUCUAAAUGAAAAGAGUAAUCAAUUGUUUUGUCAAAAUAUCCAUACUGCAGGUAUCCUUAAGAUACUUACCCAAAACUCUUCCAAUUCUGUGAGAUGUUGUAUGUUGGAAAUCUUUUUUAUCUUAUUCUGUGCCAGAUCAAGAGUUGAUAUUUUAGUGCAGUUUUCCAAGCCCUCAAUUUGUGUCAAUCCAUUUUCUGACAAGUACAGCUGUUCCAAUUUGACAAGCUCUGUCAAAUUUUCAAUGCACACAAUUCUAUUACACUGGAGAAUCAGCAAUGUAAGAUUUUUCAAAUUUUCCAGAUUUCGAAUUUUGGAUAUUUUGUUCUUGCCCAAAAAUAAGCUAGUUAGAUUAUCUAAACCAUCCAAAUUUUCUAUUUCCCGAAUUUUAUUGUCUCCGAGCUCCAACAUUGUGAGAUUUUUCAAAUGAGCUACAUUCUCAAUUUUUGUUAUUCUAUUAGAAGAUAUGAACAAUUUUUGUAAACUAACUAAAUUAUCUAAAUUCUCUAUCUUCUUAAUGCGGUUGAAUGAUAAAUCCAGUGAUCUAUCAAACAGAAAAUAGCCCAUGUAAUUUCCUGGUAACUCAUAGAUUCAUUAGCAAAUGAAUAAAAAUUGGUUAAAGAAUGACCUACUGUAAAUUUUUAAGCGCAUCCAAAUUUUCAAUCACAGUGAUUUGGUUGUCACGCAGUUCCAGUUCUACCAGAGUUUGCAGGGUAUCCAAGUUUUCAAUCUUUUUAAUCAAAUUCCAAGUAAAGCACAGCUUCUUUAUCUUAGUCAAUGGUUCCAAAUUUUCCAGUUUAGUCAAGCGGGAAUGGUUAAAGUCCAGUUCCUACAAAGAAUUUCAGUACAAAAUAUAAGAUGGUGCUUCUAUAAUCCUGAUUCUACUGAUUAGCAAAUACUUUUUACGUACUUCAGUUUCUGGAUCAAUGAUCAUAAUUUUCUCAGUGUCCUCUGUUUCGGCAUUAUCAUUUUCAUUCUCCAUAUUCACAGAAGCUUCACUCUUGUUAUCCUCUGGAAUUUGAAGCAAGUAUCUCAUGAAAUCAAUGGCAAAAUGAUUCAACUAUAUGAGAAAAAUAACAAUCAUAAUAUUAUCCUACCACUGCUGGCCAUUCUCGAAUUUAUUUCAAUCCAAUUUAGUAGGAAAAAACUGGUGUUAUCAGACACGAGACGCCAGUGUAUAUGCACUUACAGAAUACAGAAUACGACUAAUACACUGUUGACCCACAAUUAAAUUGGAAAUAUUGACGAAAACCAAUAGACCACCGUUUGAUUAUUGAGUUGCCAAGAAGUACUCGACUGUCGUUGCGGCGUUGUAGGCUUGCAGACUUGCAGCCGGAGCCGACUUUGCAGGCGCGCUGAAAGCGAUGUUUACAACAAAAUAGCUUUUGUAUCAUUAGCCGCUGCACCGUACACGUCUCAUACCUGACUAUAGCCACUAAAUAUAGCGCCAAGAGUUAAGGCGCGUUUUCAACUCUGAAUUUUAACAAUAAAUUUAAAAGGAGAUCAACAAAAUUCCUCAUUCGGAGUUAAUUUCGAUAACAAUCAUAACGCGAAUCGAAGGUAUUCGAAAUGCAACGCUCAAGUAUGAAAAAAACGCAAAAUUCAGCGAGACAAAAAUUUGAUAUUUUAAGAACGCAAAUUUAGGAACGCUCAAGAGUGUCGCGACUCUCGCGAGGCGGCCGGCGGAGUAGGGAGGGGGUACCGCUGCUGAGCUCGACUUUUUCCGCCUUCCGGCCUUUUCGUCUGAGCCGCUCGUGCACGACGCUUGGGUGUCCGACGAGUGGAAAGUAAUCCACUUGCAUCCGACGUUCAGUUUUUCAAAACGGAGUAAAAAAUGACUGAGACGCUUCAGCUGAGGGGUACCCUUCGGGGCCACAAUGGAUGGGUCACGCAAAUCGCGACGAACCCCAAAUAUCCGGACAUGAUCUUGUCCUCUUCACGUGACAAGACUCUGAUUGUUUGGAAACUGACCCGCGACGAGGCCAACUACGGUGUACCUCAAAAGCGUCUGUACGGUCACUCUCACUUCAUCAGUGACGUAGUACUUUCCUCUGACGGAAACUACGCCCUUUCUGGUUCGUGGGACAAGACUUUGAGACUGUGGGAUUUGGCAGCUGGUCGCACCACCAGAAGGUUUGAAGACCAUACCCAGGAUGUCUUGAGUGUUGCUUUCUCCGUUGACAACCGUCAAAUUGUGUCUGGCUCACGAGACAAGACUAUCAAGUUGUGGAAUACAUUGGCCGAAUGUAAAUACACCAUUCAGGAAGAUGGACACUCCGACUGGGUCAGCUGUGUCAGAUUCUCACCUAACCAUUCCAACCCCAUCAUUGUGUCUGCGGGUUGGGAUCGCGUUGUCAAGGUAUGGAACUUGACCAACUGCCGUCUAAAGAUCAACCACAAUGGACACACUGGAUACCUCAACACAGUCACCGUCUCUCCUGAUGGUUCCCUCUGUGCCUCUGGUGGCAAGGACAACAAGGCUAUGUUGUGGGAUUUGAACGAUGGAAAGCAUCUGCACACCCUUGACCACAAUGACAUCAUCACUGCUCUGUGCUUCAGCCCCAACAGGUACUGGUUGUGUGCUGCCUAUGGACCAUGGAUUAAGAUCUGGGAUCUUGAGGGCAAGGAAAUGGUUGAAGAACUUAAACCUGAUGUUGUAUCUACUACGAGCAAGGCUGAGCCUCCUCAGUGUCUGUCUCUGGCUUGGUCCACUGAUGGACAAACCCUGUUCGCUGGAUACUCUGACAACACGAUUAGAGUAUGGCAAGUCUCCAUCUCUAGUCGCUAAAAACUUUUGUACAAAAUAUGACAAAUAAAAAAACCAUAAAAUGAAAAA